AUGAUGAUCUUUAAAGAUAGUUCACCAUAUGUGCUAUUACUUGUUGUGUUUGUUGCAAAUGUUACAUGUGAUGAUGAAAGCAGUGAUGAUACCUCGUCGAAAAUAAAACGCGAGGCUUCAAUUGACGAUUUUAAUAUUCCUAACAUGGAUUUAUCAAAGCAUGACGGAACUAUUUUAAAAACAUUAUUAAAUGAAAAUACGGAUAAUAUAAGACAUGAUGCAGUUUCACCGUUUGAUGAUUUAAAUUCUCGAAUAAAAAUGGGAAAGACAACAGUUGAGUUUUGGCCAUCGGAUAUGGAUAAGGAAAAGUUUUUCAAUUUGACAAAAGAUUCGCCUUUAAGUUCACCAAUAGAUUUUUGGCCGAAAGGUGGAUUGAAUCAGGAAGUGCAUAUGGAAGUAAAUAACAAUAACAGAGAGCCUGAAAAAUUACCAGAUGUUCCCAUAAAUCAUCAAUACAUUCCCGACAUUGCUAUUGACAAGUUUAGUGAAAUAAGUAAACCAGACUUUACCGAAUAUCAACCAAUGUUUGAAGCUGGACCAACUGAGAUUAUCAUUGUUGAUGAUGAUGCUAUUACAAGCCGAGCACCAAUUACAUUUCCGACUUCGGAACCAACAUCUAAAAGUCCUGAUCAUACGAUUGCAAUUGUAACACGCGGUGGUAACAACAAAAAGAGAAAAUUGAAAAAGAAAGUAAAGACUGCGGACGUUACAAUGCCAUUUUCUGAAAUAUCUGUUUCUAUUACACCUUCAUCAAACACAGUCAUUGAUACAAUGGUUGAUAAAAGUAAUAAUAUGCAUAAUAUUAAUGAUUACAAUAAUAUUGGAAAUGGCUUUCAAUCUACACCGAUUUAUGAGAAUAUUGAUGAGCCUUUCAUUGAUGUCUUUAAAUCAGUUCGUUAUACUGACGUCAUUUCUAAUUUAGCCAAUCUUACUGAGCUGUCUUUCUCUUCAAAUCGCAUUAACAAAACCGAUAAUAGUGAAGUUGUAGACAGAGGACUGCCAGUUGAUAUAAAUCCAAUAACAAGUUCAACUGAUUUGACUUCAGUGAACAAUAUAAAUGAUAUAAGUGAUUUAACCAGCAGCACUGUCAGUAGUCAAAUGUUAAACAGUUCAGAUGAAUUAUUAUUAUCAAGAAGUAUCAUUGAUUCACCAUUAGACAUAAUGCUUAAUCAAUUGAAAAGUGCUAUUGAAGAGCGUAACAUAACAAAGAUAAAAAUCAUUGUUAAUGCAUAUGAAGAGCCAGAAACAAAGACAGAAAAUAUUGUGAUAAUCAUGAAUGCAACUGAGAACGCGAUUGCUACAGAAUCUUCAUCUUCUGCUAUGGAAACCAUGUCAGAUGUGACAACUGCUAAAGUUAAGGUUCAUACAGCUUCUCGCGUUCGUAAUUUCCAAAGAAAAUUUAAAAAACAAAAACCGCAAAUAUUAAAUGAUGUGCUAAAGGAGAAUAUUAAUAUUAUAACUGGAACAGAAACUUUACCACCAUCAACAGUGUCAGACAGUGUCAGUCAAAGUACUGAAAGCAUUACAAAGGUAGACACUUCAAGCAUGAAGCCGAUUGUCGUAAGAAGUCGAUCAUAUUUAACGAUGAGAAAACGAAAUACCGUAACUAGAAUAAGCAGACAUUCGCCAAGAAAUAAUCGUCGGCGUAAUAGACGAAGACCAGCAUAUACCAAACAUGAUAAUAAAAAAGAAUAA